AGCAUGUAAUUGCCACAGUCACUCGGACUCGUGUCACUUUGAUGCAGCUCGUUACGAAGCGACUGGAGGUGUGAGCGGCGGUGUGUGUGAUGACUGCGGCAACAACAGGAUGGGGCCUCAGUGUGAACAGUGUCAACCUUUUUUGUAUCAGGAUCCGCAGAGAGUGAAGGAUGACCCACAAGCCUGCAUACCAUGUAACUGCGAUCCAGCUGGUUCACGUGGCGGCGGUCAGUGUGACGCUCUGAGCGGUCAGUGCGUAUGCAAAGAAAAUGUGGAGGGUCAACGUUGUGAUCGCUGCAAACAUGGCUUCUUCAGCCUGAGGCAGGAUGACCCCACGGGUUGUCAGGCGUGCAGGUGUCAUCCUUUGGGGAGUGUUGGGUCAUGUGAUCAGCAAACAGGAACUUGUGAAUGUGACCCAAUGGCAAGUGGACCGCUGUGUGAUCGGUGUCUGCCAGAUUUCUGGGGUUUGGGAAACUCUGUGUUCAGAUGCUCACCUUGUAACUGUGAUAUUGGCGGAGCUCACAGCAGCACGUGUUCACCAGAGGAUGGACAGUGUCGCUGUUUACCCAACAUGAUUGGUCGGCGAUGCUCUGACCCUGCACCUGGGUACUUCUUGCCUGCACUGAAUUAUUUCCUCUAUGAGGCUGAACUCACUUUCCCACUGCUAGGAGGAAGGUCUUCUACAACUCCUCCUCCAUCGCCUUCUUCUUCUGCUGAUCCAUCAUCUUCUUCUCUGGUGUGUAACAGAUGACAAGCCACCUGACACAGAGCUUGGAAAGAAAGUGAAUGGAGUUCUUUAAGAUAGAUAGAUAGAUGCAGCAUUUUGUGAGAAAAGUUGCGAGACAUGUAAAGAAGGUAACUAAAAGGAGUAUUCAACUGACAAUUCUAUGUCAACUAUUGCAGAUGAUUUUAAAUAAAUUUUUAAUAUCUUGUAGAUUUUAGUACAACAUGGCGGUGCACAUAGUCGCAGUUGUUUAAGGGCCCCCAAUUAGGUGAUCUUCUUUUUCUUUUUGUUUCCUUUUCUUUUUCUUUUGUUUCCCUUAUUGUGUAGCCAAAUUCACCUUAAGUCAUUGGGAAUUAUACAACAUCAGUUAUGACAGCCAGAACCCCGUUACCAGUGAUUAUCAGUGGAUCAACAACAUCCCAGAGAACUGCCUGCGGUGCUAAUAACAGCAGUCUACAUACCACCAGACGCUAAUGCUAGCACAGCCCUUGCCUACCUGAACGACACGAUCUCCGAACAGCUACGGACAUAUCCAGAGGAAGUACACAUCAUCGCAGGGGACUUUAACAAAGCAUGCUUAAAAACUGUGCUGCCUAAAUGUGUACAACAUGUGAAAUGCCACAUGAGAGGGAAUAACACCUUGGGCCAUGUUUACUCAAAUAUUAAGCAAGCCUACAGAUCUGUUCCCCUCCCCCACCUGAGUAUGCCCGACCACCUCUCCCUGCUCGUUGUCACACCACUCAGGAAAAGGACAAAGCCCACCAUCAGAAACAUUAACACCUUUUCUAAGGAAGCUCUGGCUCAGCUGCAGGA